UCUGUAUGUGUAUAUGUAUUUGGCACAUUCGUGCGCCGUGUAGUCAAAAUUUUAUUUCAAAUUUUUUUGAGUGUGAGUGUAUUUGUGAGUGUUAUUUUCUUUCUUUAGGCUUUGUUUCAUAUGAUAAUCCAAAUUCUGCUACGACCGCUAUCCAAUCUAUGAAUGGUUUUCAGGUUGGAAUGAAACGUUUGAAGGUGGGUUUGCGUGUAGUCAUAUACAUAAUGUUUAAAAUCUCCGUUAGUUUGAAUAUUAGGUCACCACUAAUUUCAGGUGCAGCUGAAGAAACCUAGAGAGAAACCCUACUGAAUCUUGAGAAAAUGUGACAGCAAUUGUUC